AUGGCACCGAAAUACGAACUCCUGCCGACGGAAUCUCCUUAUAAUCCGUCUUCUCCUUCUUCUGCUUCGUCAUCGUCAUCCUAUCUUCCCCCAUACGAAUCCGAAUACUCGCCCUUCAACAACGACCUUGAAGAUGCCCCACUACGUCGCCCACGACGCCGGGAUUCGAUACCGGCGUUCGACUCGGAUCCACGUUUCCGGGUGAGGACGCCAUCGCCAUGGGCGAGAGCUGCGUUGCUCUUGUUCAUGUUCUUCCUCUUCUGGCUCGCAUUCCACAUGCGCAGGGCUCUGUGGAUUGCAGGAGGAGCGGGUAUGGGGAAGGAGCCCGAGCCAGUAGAUCCAUCGUAUUGA